GUAGCGGGCGCGGCGCGGGGCGCGGCCUCUGCGCGGUCCCUCUUGUCCCGGUUGGUCGGCAGGGCCGGGGCGGGGCGCGCCGGGGGCGGUGUUCGGAGCUGCGGGAGCCGAACGAGAGGAACAGGAUGGCGGCCGCUGCAGGAGAGGCGCGCCGGGUGCUGGUGUACGGCGGCAGGGGCGCGCUGGGCUCCCGAUGCGUGCAGGCGUUCCGGGCCCGCAACUGGGUGCCCACCUGUCUCUUCUUCCCGGCCUCCCCUGGACCCUGGCAUGGUUGCCUUGGGACACACCGGUGGCGGCCAGUGGUCACUGACCCGUUUUCUCCCCAUUUCCCAGGGAUGAUCGGCUACGGCAUGGCCAAGGGCGCCGUCCACCAGCUUUGCCAGAGCCUCGCUGGGAAGAACAGCGGCAUGCCGGCCCGGGCUGCGGCCAUCGCCGUGCUCCCGGUUACCCUGGAUACUCCGAUGAACAGGAAAGCCAUGCCCGAAGCGGACUUCAGCUCCUGGACGCCCCUAGAGUUCCUCGUCGAAACCUUCCACGACUGGAUCACAGAGAAAAACCGACCAAGCUCAGGAAGCCUAAUCCAGGUGGUGACCGCAGAGGGCAAGACGGAGCUAACCCCGGCGUAUUUUUAAGCUUCAUUUCAGUGCCUGCGGAGGGCCUGCCGGAAAAGUUGUUACCUCCAUGUAGCUGAGUCUGGCCCUGUGUUUUCUGUAGUCCUGUUCGUGUACAAGACAGUGAGACCUAUAUUUCUCUCACCUAAUGUGCAUUUGCUCUCCUAAGACAGUGGAAAAUGUUCAUGUGCAAUCAAAACGUGUGAGUAGAGGCCUCAGGUCAGUGCCAUCAAUCUGUGUUGACUGCCUAAGUUCUGGAGGGCCCUGAGAGGCCCCUCUGUACCGGCGUCAUGUUGCAUUGCUUUUGAGACUGUCUGUCUGUCCCUGACAAUGGCUGUCGGCUUGACUAAUUCAGAGAUUUGUUAGUAUCAGGGACAUUUGAGGGCCCGAGUUAUUUUUGAAUGUUACGUUUAUGUCACAGAUGUGGUUUUUGCAGCCUCAAAUUACACUGCCUUAAAACUCCUUUUGUGGUGUAAGCAGAGUCCGGUGGACUCGGUUAAGGUAUCAUUUUCCUGGGCAGUUGCCGCAGUUGCCAAGUGUGCAAGAGAACCAUUUGUGAUUCUUUGGAGUUUAUCAUCCUAAUAAAUGCGCUUCGUUUAG